CGACCCGCCAAGGCCUGCAAGCGGAGUGGGUGGGGCGGUCUGGAGUUGUUGUGAAGCCGCUGGAAACACGUGAAGAGAGCAACGUCAUCAUAAACACUCGUAGGCAACAUGGCGGCCCCUGUGAGCGGAAAGUGCCCCCAUGAUGCCUUUGGAGUCCUUGUGGCGGCUGGUGGAUGUGAAUAAGGUUAUAUAUGAACAAGAAGGGGUUUUCAUUCAUUCCUCCAGUGGAAACAAUGAUGACCAGGACAGUUUGCUGUCUGGAAUACUGCGAGUCAUAGAAAAGGAUACUGAAGUGAUAGUAGAUUGGAAACCAGUGGAUGACUCAUUAGACUCUUCUAAUAUACUAUAUGCUAGAAAGGAUUCCAGUUCCGUUGUUGAGUGGGCACAGACUCCAAAAGAGAAGACUCUGUGGGGACCAGAGCAUACGAACAGUUAUGAAGCUGAAUGGGACAUGGUCAACACAGUCUCUUUUAAAAAGAAACCACAUUCAAAUGGAGAUUCUACUGCUCGCACAAAUGGAGACAGCAAAUGGUCUUUCCUGUUCAGUUUAACAGACUUAAAGUCCAUUAAGCAAAACAAAGAAGGAAUGGGAUGGUCCUAUUUGGUAUUCUGUUUAAAGGAUGACGUUGUCCUCCCAGCUCUUCACUUCCAUCAUGGAGACAGCAGCUUGUUGAUUCAGUCCCUUAAAAAAUAUGUGGUGUUCUGUGAAUCUUCACAGGAUAAAAGAAUUCUUGUGAACUGUCAAAGUAUUUCACAGUCAUUUGAAAAUCUCCUUGAUGAACCAACAUAUGGUCUAAUACAGAAACUGAAGAAGGAUCCUUACACAGCAACAAUGGGAGGGUUUUCCAAAGUGACAAACUAUAUUUUUGAUAGUUUACGAGGAAGUGACUUGACAACUCAGCAGCGGCCUCCGUCAGAAAUGGCAGACUUCAUUAGUGAUGCUAUUCCAGGACUAAAGAUAAAUCAGCAGGAAGAACCAGGAUUUGAAGUCAUUACACGAAUUGAUCUAGGAAAACGACCUAAAGUUCAUAGAAGGCAGCCGAUGUCAUUGGAAGAAUGGAAUAAGAACAUGGAUUCUGAAGGAAGAAUCUUAAAUGUUGACUCUGUGAAGCAAAUGAUAUUCAAAGGGGGACUUUGUCAUGCAUUGAGAAAAGAAGUGUGGAAAUUUCUUCUGGGUUAUUUUCCGUGGCACAGCACGAGGGAAGAGCGAACAAAUGUGCAGAAAAGGAAAAUAGAUGAAUAUUUCCGGAUGAAACUUCAGUGGAAAUCGGUCAGCGAAGAACAAGAAAAAAGAAACUACAGAUUGAGAGACUAUAGAAGUCUUAUAGAAAAAGAUGUAAACAGAACAGACCGAACCAACAAGUUUUAUGAAGGCCAAGAUAAUCCUGGGUUGAUCUUGCUUCAUGACAUUUUGAUGACCUAUUGUAUGUAUGACUUUGACUUAGGUUAUGUGCAGGGAAUGAGCGACUUGCUUUCCCCUAUUUUAUAUGUGAUGGAGAAUGAAGUGGAUGCUUUUUGGUGUUUUGCAUUGUAUAUGGAUCAAAUGCACCAAAAUUUUGAGGAGCAAAUGCAAGGGAUGAAGACACAGCUAAUUCAACUGAGUACUUUGCUUCGCUUGCUAGAUAGUGGAUUUUGCAAUUACUUGGAAUCUCAAGAUUCAGGAUACCUUUAUUUUUGCUUCCGAUGGCUUCUAAUAAGAUUUAAAAGAGAAUUUAGUUUUCAAGAUAUUCUUCGCUUAUGGGAGGUAAUGUGGACAGAGUUGCCUUGCCAGAACUUCCAUCUUCUCAUCUGUUGUGCUAUCCUGGAAUCUGAAAAGCAGCAAAUAAUGGAGAAGCAUUAUGGCUUCAAUGAAAUGCUAAAGCAUAUCAAUGAACUGUCUAUGAAAAUGGAUGUGGAAGAUGUACUUUCCAAAGCAGAAGCUGUUUCUAUACAGAUGAUGAAUUGCAAGGAAUUGCCUCAGGCAGUCUGUGAGAUUUUGGGAUUGGAAAACAGUGCUGCGACAACACCAGGUUCAGACACCGAGGAAGAUGAGAUGGCUGGUGGGACAAGGCACCCUAUGCCAGCAGAUCCAAAUAUCUCCAUGCCAAUCGCUGCUGCCAAUGGAACAAAUGAGCACCUCGAACAAGUGGCCCGCGCAGUGCCAACAGUCUGACACCCGCACAAUCGUUGGGUUUUUUUUUGUUUUUGUUUUUUGAAGAGACACUUUCUUACAGCUAUUAUGUUUCUUUCAAGCACUUGAGGUGGAUAUUUAAAACUGUGUGUUGAUUAAGCUUUAAAGAUUUGGGAAAGAGAUUGUGUAGUGUAAUGCUCCUGCAUCAAAGCUUUACAACAUGACCUAAUUAUUUUUGUAGUUUCUUCUACCAAAAUAGCCUUUUUGUUUUUCAAUAACAUUCCUUAAUAUUUUUUAGCCAAGUGCAUUUUUUCUCUUUGGUGAGAUGGGAAUUAGAUUAAUGGGAAUGGCUCGGAAAUAAAUGCAUCUGUAUUGCUUUCACUUUAAAACUCUUGAGCAUUGAUGAGUUUUGGAUUUAAUAAGAGUCAAACUCUUCCAUACUGUUUCCUAAAUGAAAAUAUGCUUAGUUCAUAAACAGUGCUUUGUAAAUGAAAGGAUGUUCCUUCUCAAAUGUUUACAAAAACACUUUCUAAGUAUUUUGGUGAUUUGAAUGUAGAUUUGCAAUGAAGACUUUCAUUUGUGCAGUUCCCUAAUAUUGAAUUUUGCAUAAUCCUGGGGUGGCUGAACAAUACACUUACAUUAACAUUUCUUCACUUAUACAUAUGUAUGUAUUGUAUGUAUGUAUAAAUUAGAUGCAUAUUCAAACUUGUGAGUAUUAAAGGAUAAAUCUAUUUUCAAUAUUUUGACGAAGUAAACUUGGCUGUCACUUCAAACAGUUUUGUCCAAAUUUUAAUACUUGGCUCCAAAUCUGGCUAUUUUUGAAAUUAAUUUUUCUAAAAGAGGAUAAAUGUGUAGAUAUUUUCAGUUCUCCACCUGAUAUAACUUUACAAUGGCUUUCUUGCUUACUUUAAUAAUGUUUAUAUUUGCAUAAUAACUGAUUGAUAAAAAUAAACAAAAAUUACACUUUUGCUAGACUACUUGAAGUUAAAAACAGAUAAAAAUAAACACAAAGUACUAGUGA